ACCCGCGAGGAGAUUGAGCAUGAGCUUCACAUCGAGGUGGUGCCUGGCACUGAGGUCAUGGCCGAUGUGUUGAAGCAUCAUCUCAUCAAGAGCGAGCACUCGACAGUGGUUCUCGUCCCUCAACCAUCCCAGGAUCCGCACGACCCUUUGAAUUGGAAAGCAUCUUGGAAGUGGUCUACAUUGGGCGCGGUCUCUCUGAUGACCUUCUCGCAAGGCUUUGCUCCAUUGUCUCUUGCUUCCAUGUUUCCAUACCUCAUUCGAGACUACAAUAGCAACCUCGAAGACGUCAUUCAGUUUACGGGACAAUUUUAUCUGGUGAGACCACGAAAGGAGGACUGGAUUUUCGAGGCCGUGGCUAACUUUUCAAGGGCUCCGAUUUCAUCCUCAUUUGGUCGUCGCCCUGUCUUCAUUGUUUCCCAGCUCGUCUGCCUCGCGUCCCAUGUUCUCAGAGCGAAAGCUACAACAUAUGGCUCUUUCAUGGGUGCUUGCGUACUCAACGGAAUCGGUGCUGGCCCCUCAGAGACUCUGCAACCGCAAGUCAUCGCCGAUAUUUACUUCCUGCACGACCGUGGCCGCUGGAACACGCUAUACUGGGUUGUCUAUAUGGGAUCUUUGAUGAUUGCGCCAGUCAUUGCGGGCCCGAUGGCGGAUCAUGUUGGAUGGCAGAACUUUUGGUGGCUCAACGUUGCGCUGACAGCUGCCUCCAUUGUCUAUGCCUUCUUUGGCUUCCCAGAGACAAGGUGGAUUCGUUCUCAGCCAACCCAGGACGCUGUCACAAUCGAAGUUGCUGAGGAGACAUUGAACCAAACCCGGACUGCGGACAUGGACCCGUACCUUGGCAAGGGAACACCCUCUAAGCAGCAGUGGUACCUGUUUCAGCGCAACUCUUCGCCCCUUAAGACCAUCUGGUUCGACCUAUGGACUCCCUGGAAGCUAUUUGGAUUCCCCAUUGUAGUGUUUGCUUCGUUUGUUGUGAGCUGGAGCUGCAGCAACUUCCUCAUCCUAAACCUCACGCAGUCUCAAGUAUUCGCAGCACCCCCUUAUAACAUGAGUUCGCAGUCUAUUGUUCUUGUUGGUGCGCUGAUUGGACUCGUCACCGCUGGCCCCUUCAGCGAUUGGGUAUCUGCCCGCGCGACUGCUCGAAACAACGGCAUCCGCGAGCCUGAGAUGCGUCUCCCCGCCAUGAUUCCUUUCGUUAUCAUCAUGGUAUUUGGCAAUAUUAUUACAGCUAUUGGGUACCAGGAUCACUGGUCUUGGCCCAUCAUUGUAGUCCUCGGCUACGCCAGCGCAGGCAUCCAGGUUGCUGCUCUGCCCAGUAUCGCCAGCACCUACGCCAUCGAUUGCUACAAGCCAGUGACUGGUCCUCUCAUGGUUGCUAUCACGGUGAAUAAGAACGUGUGGGGAUACGGCAUGGGCAAAUUCAUUACACCUUGGACAAUCCAGGCAGGGUGGACUAGGAACAGCGCCGUCCACAACCUGUAG